CGAAAAGACAAUAUCUCGACAGAAAACCUAGGUAUUAAUUUAAGCAUUAAUAUCUCGACAGAAAACCUAGAAUGAUUUAAGUGGAAACAAAGUUGAUGUAAGCAGCAUGGCAACUACUGCGUUGAAUCCGUAUACCAUGCAGAAGUCUCAACUGGGACUGAUAGAAGCUGGACUCAAAUCCCUAAAAAAUGACAAGAGUCUGCAGCAUGAAUCCGAGUUCAGUGUCAUGUAUGGAGCGGUGGAGAAACACCACAGGGAACUUAGACUCGCCCAUCUCACUGGCAAGGCCAAGGAUGUCAUGGAACAAGCUGCAAGAGACACUAAAUUCUAUAACAUCCUGAUCAAGAUGUUGUGUGAAAUUAGAUGCCUCCAAGGCGGUAAGCAGAAGGAGACUUUGAAGAAAGUUCAUUCCUGGUAUCUUGGCAACCGACACACUCUUGCUUCAGGCCCUAAAUUUGGGAAGGAGAACAUGAAAGCAGAGAAAGAUGAGGGUCCUAGUGAGGGCUUCAUGGUGUCGAGAACGCCUGUGAGUAGACAGAGGUACUGCCACUCACGGUCCGCCACAUCCCUUUCCAGUAAGCGGUCACAUAAAAUCAAGGGAGAAAACAAGGAGAACAAACGGAGCGUGUCUGACUUCCAGCAGUACAUGACGGACACUCCUGAUGAAGCCUCGCUGAAGGACGGCCUGAGUGAGAGUGUGGCACCCCCUAGCGAGCCGGCAUCCAGUCGCAUGUCGACCGCCCUCGGGACAGACUUUAUGACCCACAGGUUUAUGAUGGACUUGCCGUCCAGCAAACUAUCCUGGCAUCUCGAGUCUCCCGGGCCCAAAUCAUUAACAGACUGGGAAGGCACUGAGUUUGAGCGUAUUGGUGAAAGUUCUCUGAGCCAUCCCACAUUUGACGGCCAUUUCCUGCCGAGCCACCCAUCUGUGCCCUACUCCAGCCCACAAUCAGAGGCAGAGAGUCCACGAAGCAACUUGUCGGGGGCAAGCUCAGGGGUAGAUGUCGGCUCUACAGACAUGAUGGACUUCCACAGCGACAUGCGGCGACGCCUCUCUCACAACCCAACCUCUAGUGCGGGCAUUGGCCUUGAGAUGUCCGAAGAUCAGUCAAGUGCAGUGCUAGGCCUGCAGAAGCGAAUGGUCCAUUCCAUCGCAAGUCUAGUGAACCCGCACGCCAAGCUGGCCGAGACUGAGGCAAUCAAACAGGAGCAGCAGCUCAUGCGGCAACAGAUGAGUGCCACCCCAUUCCGUAUGCAACCAUCUAGGUCACAAUCUUCAGCCGGUGGUACUCCCAUAGACCUACAGGCCCACAUUCCCGUACUACGGGCAGUCAGCGUGUCCAGCAAUAGGCCAGCCAGUAUCUCCGCAUUUAACAGCUUUAGAGAUGACCACCUCUACGGUCAAGACAUCCUCAGCAAGCUGAAAUUUGUUGGUCGGAGCGGUACAGCACUAGAUGUGCGGUACGCAGCUCAUGCGCAGGCAGAGAUGCCAGAGCGGCACACAAGGGAUGUGAUCCGUCUGUACAGCUCGCUAUCCCAGCAGCCUCCUGCGGCUCCCCCGUAUGAGACCCAGAUCCACACUCAAUCACUGGAGGAGUUCUAUGAGGCCGCGGAGCAUUAUUACCCCACCCGCCUUCCCAAGCAUGGCAGCGCACGCACACGCUCGGCCCCUGCUCCACGCAUGAAGAGCGGCAAGAUGCCCUCGAGUGGUCGAGCUGAGGUUAAGACUGCUGGGAUGGGAGGCAAGGGCCGACGAAACACAGAAAUAGAAGAGACAAAAUCAUCAGCUAAACGUCAACCAAAACAGUCUGCACAAAAGUCUGCAAAUGUCAGGAGUUCGGGUGUGGCUUGUAAUGAGGAGGAUGAGGUUCUGUACAGUGCGGAGAGGCCGACAUCUGCUGUGAGGCUAGAGACAGUUGUCGGUCUCAUUGACCACGUCAAGGACGAGAUGAACUACUUCAAGGAGAAGCUUGCUCCCGCUCCUAUGGCUGGCUUCCGUCAACCUGCCAGCACGGGAGUGUCCAACAAGCCUCUGUCCCGGCCAGGCUCAACAGCUAGCCGAGCUAGCAGACCCCGAUCCUCCAACCCCCCACCCCGUCGAUCUCCUAGUCCUCAGGCCAGACCGGGAACACCCAUGGAGAGUGAGGAGAUACUGAUGGGUGAGGCGGAGGUCCCUGGAGACACAUACCGCUCUGUCAUCCUUUCUACACGCCCUCACUCCGCCACACUCAACAAAGCAGUAGACUGGCGUGGCAAGGUCACCUCAGAGGCUCCAAGGAUCAAGACCAAGUUGAGGUUUGGAGGUCAUAGCUACGUGAAGAAGUCAAAGCCAUCGCUACGCAGUGUGGGAUCCCAGAGUGCCGGAAAGCGGCCCAAAACUGCCCCAGUCCCAAUCAAGGAGAAAUGGAAUACUAAAGAAAAGGAAACUGAAAUAGCACUGCCUGAAGUUAGGAUAAAGAAUUUCCCUGAUAUUGUGCCAACCUAUCCGUCCUACCCGAUCAAAAAACAGAUAGACAAACCCCGGGUUUUGAUCACAAUCACGGAGUGUGACAAGAAUGAGCGCGUGCCACAGGCGGUGAGCAACACAAUGACGCAGGUCGAUGACCGUGACAUGGACCGUAUAAUGACCAUUCAACACCUUCUCGGCUCCAGCGACUCCAGGUAUGGGUCAAUGGGCUCACUGUUUCUAGACGAGGACUUUCUCCGCUCAUUUAAUGCCCGCUACACGACGCGCUCCUCCAUGAGUCAUCUGACCACAGACUCACAGAACAGGGAGUUUGUCAGCUUUGUGGGCCCAACUCCUCGUCUUAACCCAACUGAUAUCAGACCAGGAACAAAGACAUCUUCUAAAAAGUUAGAAGUCAAACAAAUUCCAGAGGAGAGUGUUGAGGACGGAGGCGGUAGUACAGACACUGAAGUACCUCCCCUGGAUCUGUACACAAAGGAGGAAGACCAAGAAGAAAGGACUUGCCUUGAGGAGACUGGAACUGUUCAGCUUGAAGUCAGUGUCACUGACCAGGAAGACCUACAGGUUGUACGUAAGGACACAACAGAAGUCAGCAAGGGUGAAGGUGUCGAGGAAGAGGUGUCGGUGCGGGAGCUUGUACAGGUGUCCACAGAGGAUGUGGGAGAUGACGUCCACAUUGAGGUGACGGCACUUCCUGCUGCAGGGUUCCCUACCUCCCCACCAGCUCAUGGUAAUGCCACACUGAAAAGCCUCUCUACAUCAGACACAUGGCAUUAUUCCUCUGAAUCUAAAGCAAAAGGUGACCUGAACACUUACCCCAGUGGCACACAAGAUGUUGACUUCCAUAAACAACUAGCUAAACCUAAGAAACCAGUGACUGGCAGGCCACGGCCAUUUUCAGCAUUUGAUUCUCGCACAUCAGGACACUGGGCAAAGUCAAUAGUGAAACCAGACAAUUACUGUUUUGAGUGCAUACCAGAGGAGAAUAUGACAUCUAAAGUUGGCCGGUCUGCAGGCCGCACACCUGGAGGCCCCCAGACACCGGCUGGCCAGGUGUUGAGGAUGGCCCGCAGACAAAAUGAGUACUUUAAGAAGGCCCCACCCCUGCGCACACCUCCCUCCAUUCCGAGUGGUCACCAGAUGCUGAUAAAGCAGUCCCCCCGGCAGGGUCAACAGUACAGCUCAGAGCUGGAGCACCAUGCCCGCAAGGUCAAUAGCCCCCGACAUUUCAUGGAACAAGAUGGUCCGAGGAGGUCAAACUCGGAAGUUAGUGGCAAACUGUUGCGAGGAAGCCCGUUUGUGGAGCUGCGCAAGGACUUGUGCAGAUCUGCACCAGCCAGUUUUCAACAUGACGCAGAUGACAUCAUGGGCUCCCUGUCUGUGAUCAGCCUGAGGGCUCCAAGGGCGCAGACAGCACCAAACUCUCAUAUACACACCAAGCCCGGACUGGUGGACCAGUUGGCGCCCCACAUAGAAGAGGGUGUGGAGGGAGAGGGAGAGAACCCUGUCCCGGUGGCCAAGCUUGCCCGCGUCACACCCCGUACCCGCCAAUCUCUCACACACACUGGCAGGCCCAUACCCCAGGUCAAACGCAUCCCAGACCCUGACGCAGAAAAUCAGGCUGCUUUGAAGCAGCGUGAGGCAGCAGCUGCAGUGGACAUACAGCGGAUAUUCCGAGGCUAUGUGUGCAGGAACGCAUACCGCAAGCUGGUCUGGGAAAACCGUGAGCAUGACGAGGACAAACAGACGGCCAUCAUGGAAAAUAAGAAGCAGUACCGUCAACACCAAGGGCGGAUGACAUCCAUCUACAACCGGCCUCCACUGGACCCUGCCCUGCUGCAGUGGGCCCAUGACUUCAAGGCUGUACAGGGCCAGCAUGCUGAACGCAGACAGGCUAAGAUGAAUAACCUUGCUGAACAAAUGCUAGCCAAUGAACAGGAGGCAAAGUCAACACUGGAGGUGAUUGGACCACAUGUGGAAAUAUAUGAUAUAUACCAUCCUAAAGAUUUUGGACCAUCAAAACGGGACAUGCACAAAGCAUCUGUGACUAUACAGAAGUAUGUAAGAGGUUUCAUGGUGCGAAAAAGAUUUGAGAAAUUACGUAGAAAGGCAGUGUUUUGUGGUACAACAUGGGAGCUUGCGGUGAAGGACUACAAGCAAAUGUUACUAAGGGUGCAACGCUGGCAUGGGAUAGAGAAACCAGCAACGCCCUUCACGCUCCAUCACAUGGAAGAGUACAUGGACAACCGCAGACGUUUUGAGAGUCAGUUUGACAAGAAGGCGUUUGGCGGAGACCUGGAGAUGAUGGAGCUGGAUGCUUUCUUCCGGGAGUGUGACCUCUACCCGUCUGCCGCCGAGAUAGAGGAGGGCCUUGAUGUCAUCACAAAUGGCCAGGCGUUAAGGAAGGCGACAGGGCUGAAGAAGGCGGAUGCCCUGAACCUCAUGUUCUACAUUUAUGUCCCGCCGGGUGCCGGCCUCGAAAACACCCGCCAGUCAACAUGGAUGAACCCCAUCAUUAAUGGACAGGAGGCUCGCAAGAUGAUUGUACAUGGGUUGAAAAGGGAGAACAGAAAAGGGAGCGAGUUUGUCGAGACAGCCCCUCUGAAGCCUUGUGCUGCCAUGGUGAUGAAGUCUCGCCGAGAGCGUCGGGAAAAAGAGGAGGAGGAACGUGAGAGGCAGCGCCUCGCUAGCAAGGCUGGGGGCAGUGACUCUGACAGUGACGACAGCAUCACGCUCAAGCGAUCCUCGGUUGAAAAGACUAGAAAAAUGCUAGCUAGCAAGAAAUAGGGAUUGUUUAUAAUAUUUAAGUAGUGAGAUAGAUAUUUAUUUAUAAUUAUAAGCAUUUGAAUGCUAAGGAAGUCAUACUCAAACUCAGACAGUGACCGAACCUCAGGAAUGUUGCAGGAUUUGCAAAAAUAAGGUACUGUUUCAAAAACCACCAUUAAGAUACUUCAUCAGUGUUGAAGAUACCAUAUGAAAUUUAACAUGGACAUGCAUGCUUAUAGAAUAUCACUUUGUAGAUUAGCAUCGACUGUCUAGCACUCAUGGUUAUCGAAAUUAAUUGUUGUAAUUCAAAUCAUGAAUUUGAAUAUAUUCAAACUGUGUGUUUCAUGUUGUUCCUGGAGUGUUUCUGUAGAAUCAUUUCUCACAGAUUAAAGGGUGCUAUAUAAUAUUCGCUGUAGUAAAAAUCACUGCAAUUAUGUUAAACAUAUAAAGAGUAGUUGUUCACUAUGAUAAUUUAUUUUAUUUAUCUUUAAAUCCAUAAAACAUGUUCUUAUAAUAAUUGGUAAAUUUUGAAUUAGAUUUUUAUAUGGACCAUAAAAUCCAUUUUAUACUGAACACUGCCUAAGUACCCUAUUCUUAAUCACAGCAUUUUAAGGACUUUACGUAUCAGUAUUUUUGAUAAUCUUUCACGACUACCAUAGUCUAAGGGAUAAUUCCCGUUGUAUUAAAUAUUCUGAAUGAAGUUGUUUAUGAAGUUAUAGUCCUUUGAUAAAAACACUACAUUUGUGUUCUAAGUAAAUGUAUUGGUAUUAAUUGUCGCUAGCCAAAAUGGUUCCCAUUUGCUAUUAAACAGGCACAGCAACUUUAAUGCCAUGUUAUUUUAUUUUUGUACUCAAUUUGUAUUUUUGGUUGGGAUACACUGCUACCCAUAAAGUUGCUUGUUUGUCUCACAGCACUGCCUUACAUGGCGGAACUGUAUAUCAGAGUAUGGGACAAUAAAAUUAACCGUACAGAUUGACAGAUGUUUAAUCAGUAUUUGUUUCCUUUUUUUAUUCUUAUAUUUGAAUCAGGAUAACCAUUGUUAUCUGGUGAUAUAAACUUGUGAUAUUUUCUGUUGUAAAUUGUUUACAGUUUAUUAAGUAUUUGUUUAUAUGACAGGCAUUUUAUUUACAUUGUUAAGUUGUUAAUCACUUUCAAGCAUCAUGAAUAUUUGUUGAAAAAUUGAAUUCAGUAAACUAAAGAGACAGUACAUAUUCUGUAAAAUGUUUACCUUAGUUUGAAGCUUUAGUUGUAUUCCUUCACUGAUAUGUUAUCAGUUUGCUUUAGUUUGCUUAAUAAUGAUCAUGCGAAACAGUCAAAACAAUAAACUGGUAAAUAUUG